UCGCUGUAAAGUGUCCCCAAGCAGCGUCCUCACAGCAAAGCAGAGAAGAGCCGAGCACUGCAGUGCAGAAGAGGGCGUCAGCGCAAGCUAAAGUCAACCAAGAACAUUUCGCUGGCCGUACUGAGUGCGAGCGUCUGGUUGGUGUCUGCAACAGCAGCAGUGCGGUUGAGCGUGUGCUGGUUGCGUUGGUGUUAGUGUCACUGCGGCCGCAGACGCUGUUGGUGCUGGCUUACGGUGUUGGCUGGUUGCUGGUUGACGCUGGUGGUGGUGGUGGUGCUAGAGCUAGUGCUGGUGUGAGGCAGCGCGCAAGAAGUUGUCGUUGUGGAAGUGGCGACAGAAGCUGAAAUCGGUUGAAUUCUCACAGCGACAAAAAGUGCCACAGUCAGUCAGUGUCACCCACGACUUUGUAGGAAGUGGACAUAUGUGCAGGAGUGAAGUAGAUGAAGUAGAUGAAGACGAAAAGAAAUACACACACAACGACGGGUACAAACAAGUUGGUUCAGAAUUAAAAUUGAUUGCGUGUGUUGGUCAAUUGGAAGACACAUGGCUUUUGGAAAAUAGAACAAAUGGUGUUGAGUGUCCGGCCAUUACAGUAUUGUGAGUGUGUUAAGAAAGAAAUUAAUUAAAAAACAGAGUGCGAAGACAAAUAACAUUAAUUUCUACAUUUCAAAUAUCUCGUGCUAAAAAAAAAAAACCAAAAAGAAAUUAAGAAAAAACUAUAUCGAGAUCGAAGAACAGAAAAAUUUGUUUGAACUUGACAAAACGAAAAGCUUAUAUAUGUGGAUACAUUGAUGCUGUGCAUGGCUGUGUGUCCAACGUGAUUAUUCAGGAAAAUAGUUUCUUUUUUUAUUGAACUGAGAAAGGAUUAAAGAAAGCAGUGCUUUUUUUACGAAAAAGCAACAAAAAGCUAAAGCCACAACGCUUCGUGGGAAGUCGCCAAGAAGUACAACGAAAUUGAGAAAUGGAACACCUCAUGUCUGCCUUUAUGCCACCCGCCUACCUGUUGGGUCAUCAUACGCCCACAGCAGCACCCGGCGCCAUGCCCAUCACGAGCGUCGGAGCUGCAGUCUCGCCUGCUACCUCACCCAUCGCCGGCGGCUCAAUGUCGAAGCCGAAGCGUUGGGGCUCACCGCCCGUCAAUCUCGCUGCGCAAUUUAUCAACCCUGUUACGGGCAAAAAACGCGUGCAGUGCUCCCUCUGCCUGAAGACCUUCUGCGAUAAGGGCGCUUUGAAAAUACACUUCUCGGCAGUUCACUUGCGUGAGAUGCACAAGUGCACUGUUGAGGGUUGCAACAUGGUUUUCAGUUCACGUCGCUCCCGCAAUCGUCAUAGCGCCAACCCCAAUCCGAAGCUGCAUUCGCCCCACAUCCGCCGCAAGAUCUCACCACACGAUGGCCGCACAGCGCAACAGUUUCCUGUGUUUUCGUUGUCACCUGUCGGUCUAAUGCCUUCGGCCGCAUUUCCGGGACUUAUGCCACCCUCAGCCGCUGCAGCUGCUGGGUACGGCGCACAUCAAACCGCUAUGUUUGGCGAAUACCCAACGGCAGGAAAUGGCACCAGCUUCCAACACAUAUUAGCCGGACAGGAGAGUUUAGGCAUGAGUGGUGACUUUAGACACAGCUCCACGGGCUCUGGCUCAGCUUCAGCUUCGGAUGCCGAGGGUGAGGAUGACAACUACAUAUUGGACGUACAUACGACCGCUUCCAAUACUAGUCACGGCGAUAGUCAUAGCGAUGUGGACGAUUACUGCAGGGAAGUGGACGCAACUGAUGAUGAAGAUGAUGGAGAAGUCACAUGCGAAGUCAACCGAAGCGAACAAAUCGAUGAAGAGCACAUAACGGUGUCUAUCGAAGAAGAAGCGGUGGAUAAUUUUCAAUCUAUGGAAGAUUCUAAUGAACCGCUGGACUUUAGUUUGCACAAGCGACGCAUCGAUGCUGUCGAGGAACGUUUAGCCAGUCCGAUCACUACUUCUGCAGCCGUGCGCAAGACUCCAGAGCGCACAGUUGUAUCGAAGUCGAACGGGUUCUCGGUAGACUCUCUACUGGGUAAACGUAAGCGUAGAAGUACCGACGUAGUUGAAGAACGUUUGUCGCCAGUGGUGGUGAAAAUGGAAGUGGAAGAAGAAAACUCUAGUGAUUAUAUGAAUUGCCUUGAUCUCACCCCACAACAGCUACAACAGUUGCCCACCGAAAUACAUCCAACAGCGACUUUUAUUUCCACAACUGAACAACCCUCGGCGGUUCUAUCCAGUGAAGCUCAACAGUUACGCCUUUUGCAAUCGCAAAUGUUUGCCGCAGCCGCGGCUGCAGCCGCUGCACAGUCUACUGAAGCGCCCUACGUACCAACAGCGCUGCCCACUCCCGAAGCAGCCACAGAUACCACGUCACCACCUCCUGCAGCACCACCCAUGUGGAACCUUCUCUCGGAGGUCUACCGUUCGAUGUUCUUAGCGGGCGGCAUCAAUCAGCAAACCCAACAACCUCAGCAGCAAUACAAUGAAAUACCAUCGAGCGCGAUUUCGGUGUAGAACUCAGUCGCAGGCGUAGUUGUUGAAUUGUAACCGUCCUCAACGAUAGUUAGUUAGUCAUCGCAAACACCGUUACCUUGUUAUAUAUUACAUUUUAGUCCUGUGGCCGUCGAAGUCGGCCGGUCGCUGGUCCGAUUGCGAGCCAAAAUCGAACUUCGUUUACUUGUAAAUAUUUAUUGUGUGUGUAUGUGUAUUAGUUAGUUGUAUAUUUUGUAAAUUGAUUUCAUUUUACCUGCGAAAGUAUUCAUAUUUUUAAUGUCCACCAUCUAUCUCCUCGAUGGAGGCACUUGGAAGAGCUGCAAUAGAGCUUCGAUGGGAUCCUCAUUUGCUAGUGUUUUUUCUAUAAUUAAUCGGCAAAUAAUCUUAUUUGCGACGAAGAGUAGUCUUUAAUCAAAAUAUUCUAAUUUAUACGUUUCUUUUAAAAGAGUUUUUUGUUUUGUCAAAUACUCACACUAACGGUAAUUGAUGUACAACGAUUUAUGACGGGGCGCAUCCCGUAUUUCGAAUUUUAAUUAUACUUUUAAUUUAAGAAUUAUGUAACAUAUCAUAAAAAUAACUUUGCAAUGUUGUAUUUCUUAAGGCGAAGUCAAUAAGUAAUUUUAGCGAAAUGAAGAAUUUGAGAUUUGAAAGUAUUAAAUAAAGAGAAAAUUUAUAUGAAUUAUUGUCAGAAAACCAAA